AUGAGCUCCUACCUGGAGUACGUGUCGUGCGGCAGCGCUGGGGGCGGCGGCGACCUGCUUAGCUUCGCGCCCAAGUUACGCCGCGCCGACGCCCGGCCGGUGGCCUUGCAGCCCGCCUUCCCCCUGGGGAGCGGCGACGGCGCUUUCGUCAGUUGCCGGCCCCUGGCCGCCGCCCGACCGGCGUCUUCGCCCCCGGCCACUCCCGCGCCACCCCCUGCUGCACCGCCGUACGCACCCUGCACCGUGGAGGGUGCCUACGAGCCGGGCACCCCACCUGCCGUGGCAGGCGGCGCGGACUACGCCUUCCGGGGGCCCGGGACCGCAUACGAUUUCCCGUGCGCGCUGGGGCGGCCGGUAGACGACGGCGGGGCGCACGUCCACUACGCAACCUCGGCCGUCUUCUCGGGCGGCAGUUCCUUGCUCCUCAGCGGCCAGGUGGAUUUCGCGGCUUUUAGCGAGCCCGGCCCCUUACCGGCGUGUCUCAAAGAGCCCGCCGACGGCCGCUUCGGGGCCUACCAAACCGCGUCCCCGGACCCUGGCGCUUACCCCAAGUCCGCCUCCCCAGCCUCCGGCCUCCCCGCUGCGUUCAGCACGUUCGAGUGGAUGAAAGUGAAGAGGAACGCCUCUAAGAAAAGCAAACUCGCGGAAUAUGGAGCCGCUAGCCCCUCCAGCGCGAUCCGCACCAAUUUCAGCACCAAGCAACUGACAGAACUGGAGAAGGAGUUUCAUUUCAAUAAGUACUUAACUCGAGCCCGACGCAUCGAGAUAGCCAACUCCCUGCAGCUGAAUGAUACCCAAGUCAAAAUCUGGUUCCAGAACCGCAGGAUGAAGCAGAAGAAAAGGGAACGAGAAGGGCUUCUGCCCUCAUCCAAUCCUAUGGCUUCCCUCCAACUUCCCCUCUCAGGGCAAAGGUGUCCAGCUGCCAGCCCAACUCUGCUGCUAUGUUGCCUUAGUCCUAUGCAAUUCCUGGGUGCAGAGUGGUAG